AUGACGACCCCCGCCGACGGCCUCUCCUACGAUCCGACGACGACAUCGACCGAGAACGCACACGGUUCCGCCCCGCUGGCCGGGCUCGUAGCAACCGAGAUCCCCCAGAGCAUCCGCAGCUCUUCCCCCACCGCCGACCUCUCCCUCUCGCUCGACCUGCACAAACAAGCAGCGACCGAGGAUCCCCCAGACCCGGCCUCGUAUUACUGGGAUGCGUCGACGAUGGCACCGCUCAACGCAGUCUCGGCGGCCGCCAUCGCCCGUCUGCGCGCCUACAAGCCGCCGCCCUUCCCGACCUGGGACCGCCUGCCGGUGAGCCGCCGCGCCGCCGUUCUGAUCCUGCUCUUCGCCGACCGCCGCGGCGACCUGCGCGUCGUCAUCACCAUGCGGGCGGCCAGCCUGCGGAGCUUCUCCGACCAAAUCGCCCGCCGCGAGGCGUGGGAGGAGAUCGGGCUGCCGGCCGACGACGCGCGGCUCCCGCGGCCGUUCCGCAUCGAGCCGCUGUGCAGCCUGCCGUGCAGCCUGGCGAAGACGGAGCUCGCGGUGCGGCCGUGCGUGGCGCUGCUGCGCUCGGACGAGGACGACGCGGGCGCGGACGCGGGCGCGGGCGCGGGCGCCGCGCCGGCCCCGCCCGUCGACGAGACCAUGAUCCCGCGCCUCGACGCGAAGGAGGUCGCGGCGGUCUUCAGCGCGCCGUUCCGCAACUUCCUGCGGGCGCGCGACGAGCCCCGCGGGCCGGGGCCCGAGCCCGAGCCGCUGCCGCUGCCGCUGCCGCCGGGCGACUGGUACGACGGCCGCUGGGUCCAGUGGCACGGCGAGCCCUGGCGCGUGCACAACUUCCGCGUGCCGGUGGACGACCAGAAGGUGACGCGGCCGCGGCAGGCGCCAGCGGCGGAGGACGAGGACGAGGGCGCGGAGCAGCAGCAGCAGCAGCAGCAGCGGUUCCUCGUCUGGGGCCUGACCGGCCGCAUGCUGGUCGACGCGGCGCGCGUGGCCUACGCCGAGGAGCCCGAGUUCGAGCACAACGCGCACUACGGCGACGAGGCCAUGAUCGCGCGGCUCGAGGCGGCGGGGGCCCUGCCCGAGAAGAAGCAGGAGGGCCGGCGCGACGUCGGGCUCGACGCGCUCCGGGAGGAGGUCAAGGAUGUCAAGAUGUAA